AUGGAAACUCCCGAACAUCGCAAGUGGAUGGAUAAUUGGAUGAAUCCUGAUAAAAGUAGAUUUACAGAUGAGUAUAUGGCUGGGGUUUACGAGUUCGUUGAGUUUGCUUGUGCACAAGAAAAUUUCAAAAAAGUAGGAAAGUUGAGAUGCCCAUGUAAAGUAUGCAAGUGUAAGAAGCAUCAUAUAGUUGGAGAUGUCAUGGGACACCUUUGUUUGAAUGGAUUUAAGGAGGGUUAUUAUUAUUGGACUAGCUACGGUGAAAAAAGGCCUCCGAUUCCGCCUGUAGUUUUAGACAACUACUAUUAUGGAGCUAAUGAGGUUCGAGAAGACUUUAAUGAUUUUGAGCAAAUGGUAAUGGAUGCAGCUGGACCAUCUCUUGGUAACUAUCUUGAGCAACAAGAAUUUGAUUGUCAAGAAGAAAUAAGGGAAAACCUUAACCCAGAAGCCAAAUUAUUUUUUAAUAUGUUAAAAGCCGCGCAAGCUCCCUUGUAUAAUGGUUGUGAAAGUUAUUCUGAGUUGUCUGCUGCAAUACAUGCUUUAAAUAUUAAGUCUGACUUCAAUAUCUCUGAGAAUUGCUUUAACCAAUGGGUGGAUUUUAUGGGAAAGGCAUUACCAAAUGACAAUCGAAUGCCCAAAAAUUUCUAUCAUAUAAAGAAAUCUGUGCAAAAGCUUGGAUUAGGUUGCAUUAAGAUUCAUUGUUGUCCAAAUGGAUGCAUGAUUUAUUACUCUUCUGAUGAUAAGAAUCUCCGUAAAUGUAAAAUAUGCAGUGAAGAUCGUUACAAAAGUGUCAUUAGAAAUGGUAAGGUUAAAGAAGUUCCUUUAAAAAAGAUGUGGUAUUUCCCUCUUAUCCCAAGACUUCAAAGACUUUAUUCCUCAAUGCAAACUGCGAGUCAGAUGAGGUGGCAUCGUGAGAAUAUAAGAGAGCCCGGCUACUUAUGUCAUCCAUCAGAUGGAGAAGCUUGGAAGCAUUUGGAUGAAAUAUAUCCUGAAUUUGCAAUGGACCCUCAAAAUGAAGGACAUAUUCGUGUUGGCCAGUGA